GCUUCCACAUGAAAAAGCCGCCAACCCGCCCCUUCGCCGGGCCCCACUUCCCCUGCCAACCAAUCAGAGAGGAAUCCAAGUUUGGGACCCAGCUUUCCGUAUCCGACCCGCCCUCCGUCGCUUGGGACGCGCCGGACGCCGUCCCCACCCACAUGACCGCAUUCACGUCCCGACCACUUCCUCUCUCUCUCUCUCUCUCUCUCUCUCCCUUAUCACAUCAAAACUCUUUGUCCUCUACCUUCUUCUGUACCUUCUUUCUCUGCCAAAUAUUCGCACAAACUCAUAAUAAAGGAAGAGGGAGAGGGGGAACGGAGAGUGAAAAAUAUAAUCACACUACUCUUCAUCGCCCCAUUAGUCUAAAGACUCACUCUCAUGGUUCCCAUCAUUAAUGGAAGAAGAUGUCUUGGAUCUCUAAAUUCCACUCUUUCCUCUCAAGGUGGGUGGGAGUGUUCCGGCAUCAAAAGAUCCGGUCGGACGACGACGACGACAAUGGAAGCAACAACGAGAGCAGCAGCAGCAACCCGACACCGCCAGCGGCGGUGGAGUGCUAUGCAUGCACGCAGCCCGGCGUGCCGGCCUUCCACUCCACGAGCUGCGACCGCGCCCACACGCCCGAGUGGGAGGCCAGCGCUGGCUCUUCGCUGAUCCCCAUACAAGCCGCCCAGCCCGCCGCCCGCCCUGCGGCCCACCGACGCCGGCCGAAUUCUUGGAUCUUCGGCUCGGUUCUCGACCCGAGGAGCCAACGAGUCCGGCGGUGGAACCGGGCCAUACUGCUCGGCCGGGCGGUGGCGCUGGCGGUGGACCCAUUGUUCUUCUACGCCCUGUCGAUCGGGCGGGGCGGCGCGCCGUGCCUGUACAUGGACGGCGGCCUGGCGGCGGUGGCGACGGUGCUGCGCACGUGCGCCGACGCGGUGCACGUGCUGCACGUGUGGCUGCAGUUCCGGGUGGCGUACGUUUCGAGGGAGUCGCUGGUGGUUGGGUGCGGCAAGCUGGUGUGGGACGCCCGGACCAUCGCCGCCCACUACCUCCGAUCGCUCAAAGGCUUCUGGCUUGACAUCUUCGUCAUCCUCCCCGUGCCCCAGGUUGUCUUUUGGUUGGUUAUACCAACAUUGAUAAGAGAAGGAGAGAUCAAGCUCAUAACGACGAUACUUCUGUCUGUCUUCUUGUUCCAAUUCCUUCCCAAGGUAUAUCACAGCAUCUGUGUGAUGAGAACGAUGCAGAAAGUUACUGGCUACAUUUUUGGAACAAUCUGGUGGGGUUUUUGCCUCAACCUGAUCGCUUACUUCAUUGCCUCUCAUGUAGCCGGAGGUUGCUGGUAUGUUCUUGCAAUUCAACGUGUCGCCUCAUGCCUCCAACAACAAUGUGAGAAGAAGAAUAAUUGUGAUCUUGUCUCAUUGCCCUGUUCGAAGGAGGUCUGCUACUGGCUUCCCUUACCAUCAGGCAUGGACAAAUUAACAUGUGAGAGUAAGUUGACAACAACCACUGGAAUCAAAAAUAUUCCAGUUUGCUUAAAUGGUGAUGGGCCAUUCCGUUAUGGGAUCUACGGUUGGGCCCUCCCUGUUGUUUCCAGCAACUCACUCGCUGUCAAAAUCCUUUAUCCUAUAUUUUGGGGACUUAUGACUCUAAGCACUUUUGGCAAUGAUCUUGAGCCUACUAGUCACUGGACGGAAGUGAUAUUCAGUAUAAUCAUCGUAUUAAGUGGUCUAAUGCUCUUCACUUUGUUGAUUGGUAAUAUUCAGGUAUUCUUGCAUGCUGUCAUGGCGAGGAAAAGAAAGAUGCAAUUACGGUUUCGAGACAUGGAAUGGUGGAUGAAGCGAAGACAACUACCAUCACGCCUGAGGCAGAGAGUCCACGAGUAUGAACGCCAAAGGUGGCUUGCAAUGAGAGGCGAGGAUGAAAUGGACAUGGUCAAAGACUUGCCAGAAGGACUAAGGAAAGAGAUAAAGCGCUACUUCUGCCUUGAUCUCAUCAAGAAGGUGCCAUUGUUCCACAACUUGGAUGACCUUAUCCUUGACACUAUAUGCGAUAGAGUUAGACCUCUAGUUUUCUCCAAGGGUGAAAAGGUAAUCAGAGAAGGAGAUCCGGUUCAACGCAUGGUGUUCAUUGUCUGGGGCCAAUUGAAGAGUAGCCAGCACCUCAGCAAAGGCAUGGUGGCCACAUGCAUGCUAGGCCCAGGAAACUUCCUAGGGGACGAGCUCUUCUCAUGGUGCCUCCGCCGCCCAUUUGUUGACAGGCUACCAGCUUCUUCUGCCACCUUUGAGUGUGUUGAGCCAACCGAGGCCUUUGGCUUGGAGGCGCCCCAUCUUCAAUACAUCACCGAGCACUUCAGGUACAAAUUUUCAAAUGAAAGGCUCAAAAAAACAGCAAGGUACUAUUCAUCAAACUGGAGGACAUGGGCAGCUGUUAACAUACAGCUUGCCUGGCGCCGCUACAAAACGAGGACUAGAGGCAUGGUGAAUCCACCACCAGAACUGGAUGACAGUGAACAACGCCUUCGGCUCUAUGCUGCAAUGUUCAUGUCACUUCGACCUCAUGACCACCUUGAGUAGGAGAAAAGCAGCUGGCAUUGUGUUGCUACUUGCUACAGCUUUAGGGAAACUAUUUAUGUUGCUAGUGGGUACAGUGAUUUCAGGAAUUACUAUCGGGUACAAAAGAGGGGGAUUCAAUCAGUGAAAACCUUGCAUCAAUGCUUGUUCACAGACCAAAAGAAUGGAUGGAUUUUAUUAUGAGUUCGGAUCCACUGUGGUGCUUUGCACUGCACAGUCUUGUACCACCAUGGAUAGCCAUAUAUCUCGGAGAGGGGCAGCACUAAUUUGUCUUGAGAAUAUGACCAGGCACUUUUCAGUGCAAUACAUGGCGCAUCACGGAGAUGAAGGAAAGCCACCGAUCUCCGAGAUAGAUGACAUGGAUGGUACCACACUCUGCUAUGUACGAGUGGCACCGCAAAGGAUCUGGUUCAUUUUAUUGUUUUUCCAAGAAAUAAAACGAACGAGUGUCAUUGGUCUAUGCAAGCUUUUAUUUGCAAGUGAUUUAUGCUCUUCAGCAAGUGGUGUUAGAGAAGCACUGGAGAGGGUUAUCAGGUCUGCAUCACGAUUUGGGGAAAAAAUUAGGUAUAAAGGUGAGAGGAUAUUGGUUGAGGACUUCCAUGACCUUCACAUAAGGAGCCUUGAGUAUCAUUGCAAGUUGAUGUCUGAUCUUCCGUUCAUUUCCUGGUUAAAUUUCUUUGUUUCUUCAGAGAUUAAGUGGUUUUACUUUUCUUUGAUGGUAGUUGUCAGAUUUUUUAUGUAACGCAAAAAUGUCAUAAGGCAUCUAAGUUGUUCGAAGGCAUUAUCUUAUAAGGAAAAAGUUAAAUCUCCAUUCCCCA